UUUAACGGUAGAACGUAAAAACCCUCAAACAUAAACCCUCGCUUACAAAACCCCCUGCUGCCUCCAACAACAUCUCACCACCAACUCUCCCGCCGCUCUCACACCUCCAACCAUCUCCGUUCCGCCGUUUCCGUUUCCUCAAGCAACAUUUAUUUUUGCACCCCGAAGAUUUUUAUUUAAGCUGUGCCACCGGACGCAACGAUGGGGCUUUCGGAGGAAGAGGUAACAAAACUUUACAGAAUCCGUAGAACAGUUUUUCAAAUGUUAAGAGACAGAAACUACCGUGUCCUAGACUCCGAGGUAAACAUGUCCAAACAAGAGCUCAAAGCAAAGUUCGGCGAAAACAUGAACAGAAAAGACCUUACUAUUCAAACAACUAAUAAAGACGAUCCUUCGGACAAAAUCUAUGUGUUCUUUCGUGAUGAUGCCAAACUCGGUGUCAGCACUAUUAAAACUAUCAAAGAUUUAAUUCUCACUGAGGGGGUCUAUAGAGCUAUCAUUGUUGUUCAGAAUGAACUCAAAUCCAAAGCACGAUCCGAGCUGAACCUUUUCUCUGAAGUUCGCAUUGAAGCAUUUCUGGAGGAUGAACUUCUGGUGAACGUAAUAGAGCAUGUGCUGGUGCCGGAACAUCAAGUGCUCACCAAUGCUGAGAAGAAAGACUUGCUCUCGACAUACACUGUCAAAGAAACUCAGCUACCUAGAAUGCUGGUGACGGAUCCUGUUGCGAAAUAUUAUGGACUGAAGCGUGGACAAGUUUGCCGGAUAAUCCGGCACAGUGAGACUGCAGGCAUAUAUGUUACAUACCGAAUUGUUGUAUAAGGAUUUCUUUGAGUCCGUCUUUUGCAAUAUGUUACCUGCUAAUAUUUAUAAUUUGUUGUAUAAUGAUUUCCUUGAUCUCAUCAGUCAUAAGCUAUACUACUUUUGCAACAUGUAACCUACUAGAAUUUAAGCAAAGCUUGCACAUUGACUAUAUAGCCUUUAUUUUUGUUUAUUUCAUUUGAAACGGUCAAUGUUAUGGUUAAUGUUACAGCUAGUAAUUGUUAGUACUGUGCUGGAAGUAAA